AUGGUGUACAACAAGUCUUUUGCUAACAAAGUCUUGCGAGAGCAUAUAGAAAAGACUUACGCGAGAAUCAAUUUCCGUGAAUCUUGGAGAAACUUACCCGAAAUUCCAUCUGGUGAAGAAAUCCUUCAGGAUGUAUCAUGGCAAGACAUGGAAGCUCCGGAGCAGCCGUUGGAUUAUCAAAAGCUGGCGGAACCAAAGGAGUUCGACCCUCGUCUGCCCCACAACAAUGUCGAUGGAGCUUGGGAUUCCAAGGAGGAUUAUCUUGGUUUUCAUUACCAAAUUCUACGUGAAGAUGCAGUCGCUCCUCUUCGCCAAUCUGUCGCGGAAUUUAAGAAAAAUAAUGAAAUGGAAGAUACACAAGAUACUUCUAUUUAUACUGAUGUACGUCUUUCGGUAGCCCAGCAAGCGGCGACGCACUACUUACUGACAUUUUUUUACAGGUCCACCUUGUUGGUUUACAAUUGUGUCAUCUCGGUCCAGCAUUCCGAAUCGAAUUCUCAAGCGACAGAGCUGGAAAACAGAUUCGGUGGGAGCAGUCAAGCCGGCUUACGCAGGGCAGCCUGGUCUGCCUGAGUCCAACUAGCGACAUGUUUCGUUCUGUUUGCAAAGUUGGUACGGUUGCAGCUCGACCUAUAGAAGGUGGUCUGGAUCGUGACCCUCCACAAGUUGACCUUUUCUUUGGUGACGACGAAGAUAUCAUCUUGAACCCAGUGGAUUGUAAGUUUCAUGUAUUUUAAUUUUGGUAAAGGCUAAUAUUUCCGGCAGCAUAUGUCAUGAUACAGGCUCGUGUCGGAUUUUUUGAGGCGUACCGCCAUGUGCUUGUAGCACUUCAAAAACUGACCAUUGAAGAAUCGUACGUAGAUAGAACUGGCAAAAUACCAAAAAAGUCAAGGCUAAUGAGAACAGACCAUAUAUUGAAAAGUAUCUGAUUCAACUAGACAAGAAUAUUUUACCACCUGAUCAUAUCAAGGAAAGACCUUGUCUUGACCUUCGCUCGAUUGCUAUAUCGAGUAAUGAACAUCAUUCUCCUCUCACUGACGAAGAAGACGAAAAUCUAUGCCAUGUUGACAUUUUGAAGGAGUUUCCAAAUCUUCCCAAAUCAGGAAUGGAUGACUCUCAGCUCGCGGCUUGCAAGCGCAUGCUCACUCAGAGUUUAGCCAUAGUACAGGUGAGAAACUCAUAUUCAAUCAUGCUAAGGUGUUUUUUGAAAUUCCAUGAACUAACUUUGUAUCCCGUCUGUAGGGUCCACCUGGUACUGGUAAGACAUUUACUUCCGUACAAGCCCUGAAGGUUAUGCUGUGCAACAGAAGACGUGGACCGAUCAUUGUCGCUGCCCAGACUAAUCAUGCUCUUGACCAAUUGCUCACCCACAUUUCCGGCUUCGAAGAUAAUUUCGUGCGUCUUGGAAGUAGAUGUGAUAAGGGGAAUCCUACCAUACUAGCACGAACGUUGUAUGAGCUGCGUCAGACGAAUAAAGAUAUGAAAGCUAGACAUUUCACUGGCUACAGGUCAGCUGCAAAUUCACACGAUGCUAUGGUUCUCUUAAUCGAGAAAUUACUUUCUGAUGUCACUGAGGAAGAUCUUCUAUCAGGCAAAGUUCUGCUGGAAUGCAGCAUAUUGAGUCAACAACAUUUUGAUUCUUUUUUCGAACCUGGCUGGUCAAGCUCACUAGAUAAGGGUGAUGAGAGUAUUGACCCUCUCCUUUCUUGUACGUAUUGAAGAUCUCAAGAAUUCAAUCGCUGAUCUCUACUUACUUGAAUUAUAGGGCUCGGGCCUGAGCAGAUAGUGCGUAUGCCGAGGACUCCAGGAAUCAACAGGAAUCUUGAGGUAGAGGAUCCGGAUCAGGAGUUCGAACAACUCCAAGAGGUAGAAGUUGAAGUCCAAGCGAAAGACAACAAAGAGUCUCUUAGCGGAACAUGGAUUCCAUUAAGGCGUGGAUAUACAGGCAAAGUUAAGAGCCGCCGAUUCAAGGGCGGCAAAAACGACCCUAGAAAUAUACUCGCCAAAACUGAAAGUCUCUUUGAUAUACCAGAGAAGCAUCGCGGUGCUGUUUAUUGCUACUGGGAAAAGCUUUACUAUGAUCAACUUACACGUAAGCUUAUUGAGAAACUGGCUAUGUACCAAAACUCGAUGAGAUAUUUAAAGAUGGCAAAGGUACUCUAAUCAUUCUCGAAAUGGUCUAGUAUGAUGCUAACAGAAAUAGUGGACGCGCGAUGUCGAAUUCAUUGAUCAUAUUGGCACUAAGGUUAUUGGAUGUACAACAACUGGUUUGUCGAAAUAUAGGGGACUACUUUCUGCUCUGAAUCCCAGCGUCCUACUCAUUGAAGAAGCGGCAGAAACUUUAGAGGCAAAUGUGACAGCAAGCAUUAUACCGUCACUGGAGCAAGUUAUACUUGUAGGAGAUCAUCGUCAACUCACGGCAAAUACAACACUCGACCGCUUCAUGUCGCACCCAUAUUUUAUGUCAAUAUCCUUAUUUGAGAGACUUGUGAAUAAUGGUAUGGGCUACACAAUGUUGAACAAACAACGCCGUAUGAUCCCAGAGGUCAGAGAGCUUCUAUGUAUUGACCCGAAUCCAUUCUACGUCAACCUUCAUGAUCAUCCUAACGUUCUCGACCGAAUCAACCAUCGUCCCCCGGUCCCUGGCAUGAGAUUUGAUUCAUUCUUCUUCACUCACAAAUGGCAGGAGCGAAGAGAUGUCAACAUGAGUUGUUACAAUGCACCGGAAGCUGAAAUGGUUGCUGGGUUCUUCAAUUACCUAGUCAUCAAUGGCAUUAAGCCAGAUAAAAUCACUGUGUUGACGGUAUGGAAUAGCACUGACGAGUUUAUAUGAUGCAUCACUGACAGAUCCUUAGUAUUACAACGGUCAACGAAAAUUACUCCUUAAGGAGCUUAGUCGACGUGUUACAAGCGUCACAGCACCAUACUUUAAUGUGUACACCGUUGAUGCAUAUCAAGGCGAGGAAAAUGAAGUCAUCUUGUUGUCGCUAGUAAGAGGUAAUUCUUUCAAUUCUGUAGGAUUUUUACGCAGCAAGAAUCGUGUGGUUGUCGCUCUGUCACGUGCACAACGAGGUCUUUAUAUCUUUGGAAACGCACUCACUGUUGCUGGACAAGAAGGUGAAAAUGGUUGUCGAGAGCAGUUAUGGAUGCCAAUUCUCUUGCAUCUAUUAAAUGAGGAAAGAUUAGCGUCUAAGCUACCUAUUGUAUGCACCAAGCAUCAAAACCUCACCCAUGUCUCUGAGCCUGAACACUGGGAGGAUCUAAGCGGUGGCUGUCAUGAACAUUGUGGUGGCAUGUUACCAUGCGGGCAUUUAUGUCCAUAUAAGUGUCAUCCAAAUCAGCAUGAUCAAAUUGUCUGCAAGGAGCCUUGUGAACGGAUCUUGGCCUGUGGUCAUGGUUGCAGUACCAAUUGCGGAGAAGUUUGCCGGUGCGAUGACUGCCGUGCAUUAGCUCGCUUGCAGACUCUUGAGCUAGAAUCUGAUUCACGGGAAAUCAUCGAGGAAGAAAGAACUGAAAAAUUGGCAGUCAAAGUUACCUCUACUAAGCAAAGACAACGUUCACCACAAAAGUUCUUCUCUGAGUCCUCGAGUCGCCCCAAGACAUUCAAGCAAACCUCUCCCAAGAAAUUAGACCAAAAAAUUGGCUGGAGCAAUUCAUACACACAGUCUACAUCAAACCAAUCUAAUGGUGAAAAGCCGUAUUUUACAUUUGUAUCAUCACCUCAGAAGAGAGAACUGUCACCAGAAAAGGGCCGACAGGCUUGGGAUGCCUGGGAUCCCAUUCGCUCAGACAAUGACAUUAACCAAGAACGUCUUGAACGGGAAAAGUUAGCAAGCGAGAAUAAACCAAAUCCGGAGGACUUGGUCUUCGAAGAAACUCACAAGCCGGUUACAUUUGUUAACGGAAAGAGAAUUGUUGGUCCUAGAGUCCAAAAUAUCAUUCCUCGCAUGCAAAGCAGUAAUGUGGUUUCUGGUAACAAAAACGAGAAUCCUAGCAGUGGAAAUGGAAAUUUUGGUAACGGUAGUGCGAUUACUCUCGGAAAAAAUGAGAUUUCUAGCUCCGCUAACAGUGUCAUUCCUCACAACAAUGAAGUUCCAAGCCGCAACAGCGAAGUCCCUCAGAGUACUAACGGAGUCACUUCCAGCAGCGAAGUUACUAGCCGUAACAAUGGGAUUGAUUCUAGCAGCAAUGGCGCUGUUGCCAACAAUCAAAUUACUGCUCCUCAAGCAUCAGGAGGUGAGAUGCUCAAUUUGACGAAUGACGAUUUCGACUUUUUGGAGGGCCUAUAA